AAAUAAGUAGGCGUCGGUUCAAUUGUGAAGCGUCAGUCAUUGUGCAAAGUUUGCGCAGCGGUAUAUUCCGAGAACCUGAAAAAAACUUCAUUCGUCUCUUAUAUUUCCUUAAAAGAAACUCAAACUAAUCUACAGCAUAAUGUGUGACGAAGAGGUUGCCGCUUUGGUUGUCGAUAACGGUUCCGGCAUGUGCAAAGCCGGCUUUGCCGGAGAUGACGCACCCCGUGCCGUAUUCCCCUCAAUUGUGGGUCGUCCCCGUCAUCAGGGAGUGAUGGUGGGCAUGGGCCAGAAGGACUCGUAUGUGGGUGAUGAGGCGCAGUCGAAGCGUGGCAUUCUCACCCUUAAAUAUCCCAUUGAGCACGGCAUUGUGACCAACUGGGAUGACAUGGAGAAAAUCUGGCAUCACACCUUCUACAAUGAGUUGCGUGUGGCCCCCGAGGAGCACCCUGUCCUGCUGACCGAGGCGCCCCUGAAUCCCAAGGCUAACCGUGAAAAGAUGACUCAAAUCAUGUUCGAGACCUUCAACACUCCGGCCAUGUAUGUGGCCAUUCAGGCGGUGCUCUCCUUGUACGCUUCUGGUCGCACCACGGGCAUUGUUUUGGACUCUGGCGAUGGUGUCACUCACACCGUACCCAUCUAUGAGGGUUACGCCCUGCCCCAUGCCAUACUCCGUCUGGAUUUGGCUGGUCGUGAUUUGACCGACUAUUUGAUGAAGAUCUUGACGGAGCGUGGUUACUCCUUCACCACCACCGCCGAGCGUGAAAUUGUGCGUGACAUCAAGGAGAAAUUGUGCUAUGUGGCACUGGACUUUGAACAGGAAAUGGCCACAGCCGCGUCCAGCUCAUCGCUGGAGAAGUCGUAUGAGCUGCCCGAUGGUCAGGUCAUUACCAUUGGCAAUGAGCGUUUCCGCUGCCCCGAGUCACUGUUCCAGCCCUCGUUCCUGGGCAUGGAAGCCUGCGGCAUUCAUGAGACUACCUACAAUUCGAUCAUGAAGUGUGAUGUGGAUAUCCGUAAGGACUUGUAUGCCAACACUGUGCUGUCCGGUGGCACCACCAUGUAUCCGGGCAUUGCUGAUCGUAUGCAGAAGGAGAUCACUGCCUUGGCUCCGUCCACCAUGAAGAUUAAGAUUGUGGCGCCACCAGAGCGUAAAUACUCCGUCUGGAUUGGUGGCUCCAUUUUGGCCUCGUUGUCCACAUUCCAACAGAUGUGGAUCUCGAAGCAGGAAUACGAUGAGUCCGGUCCAUCCAUUGUGCACCGCAAAUGUUUCUAAGCAACUGAAACUGCGGCUGACGCUGGGCGUGGUCCUGUCUGUGUUGUGCCUCACAACCCUCCUUCAAAAAAAAAAAAACCAUCUAUUCCCUUUGUAUUAGAAUAGGGUAGAAAACGGAUGAAAACGGAAAAAAAGAGGAUCUGAGGCAUCAAUACAAACAGUUCUUAAGCUCAAACAACAACAGCAACAAUAACAAAGAUAAACUACAUUUUUUUUAUAACAAUUUUAUACAUACAUAUAAUACAUAUUACACAUAAGCAAUUUAGCCCUAUUUGUGUUCUAUCGAAAUUCACGAGUUCAUACGCACAUAUAUUGGUAAUUUUAAUAUUUAUAUAUUCGGCAUUAAUCAUUCAACAUUCCUAUAUAAAUACAAUAUAUGUAUUACACAUUACCA